CCCCGUUCGGUCCCUUUCUCCUCAAAACCCUAUCUAGGCUCGCGAUCCAGAUGUCCCUUCUCCUAUCCGACGCGCCGGAAUCGUGCCGGAGUUCUCUGCGACCUCGCGGGUGAGAUGAUGGAGCUGCCGGCUGCCGCCACCGCCGCCUCCUCCUUCCCCGUCGUGUUCUUCGACGGGGAGCGGGAGGUCGACAUCGGCACCAUCGCGGUCCACCCCGCCCUCGGCUUCAAGAAAUUCCAGGCCGUCAUCAGCCAGAAGAUCGGGAUCGCUCCUCACCAGAUCUCCUUCUCCCUCGUCCGCCGCAAGAAGGCCCGCGCCUCGCCGGAGGUCCGCCGCAAGGUCCCCAUCGACGAGUCCUCCGAUUUCGCUGCCAUCGCACGCGAGCGCGACUGCUUCGUCCUCGCCGUCCUACGCCGAUCGCGCCGCGAGAGGCGGGGCCGCUCCCGCCGGGGCCACCGCCAGGACGCCGCCGCCGGGGAGGCGGUGGCCGGUCAAAGGAAGGCCGUCGCCUCAUCAGCCGUGCCGGAAAAGACGAUCCUGAGGAGGAACCCUGCGGGAUCCGGCGCUGGCGUGGAUCCGGCGAUCGCGGCGCUGAUGCCGGAGACGGUCGGACUGGGGCUGUGGGACUAUGAGAGCCAGCUGCGGGACCUCCAGCGGCAGCGGGAGAGGUACCUCCUGUCCACGGCGGCGUACUACCCAUACGCGGCGGCGGAGGGGGCGUUCGCGUGGGACGCCGCUGCGAGGAGGGCGGCGGCGCCAGAGCGGCCGGCGGUGUGCGAGGAGUGCGAGAGGGCCAAGGAGGAGGGGCGGCCGCCAGGGUUCCAUUGGUGCGUGUGCGACGCGGUCACCGUCGGGUUCCGCUCCCCGGUGGGGCCCAUCCAGCGCCCGCCGAAGAAGCACGUCGAAGCUUCCGCAUAGAUGACGAUGGACGGAUGAGAUUUGAUCGACGGCUUUUUUCCUUUUUUUAAAAAAAAUUUAUAUUAAUAAUUAUCAAGGGAGAAAAAGAAAGAAAGAAAGAGGGGGAGAGGAGAAGGCUUUGCGUGGGUGGGUUGGUUUUGUGUAUACGGUGGUACUCAUAAAAUUUUGGGUGCGGGUAUUGAAAUCGAUACGGCAUCUGGGGUACAAUGCCGGUGGUGGCCUCUCGGGAAUGGGAGGAGCCCAACUCUCUUUUGUCGAGUGGUGUGUCGCUCUGCGUUGGCACAUUAAUUGAUGAUUAGGUUUUUUUUUGUUUUUUCGUUUAUUACCCCCAAAGUGUUUUGGGGAUUAUUGAUUACCUAAGGGGUGAGGUAACAAGAGGUGGUGAUCUGCUGAGGGGUUCAUGGGGACAUUUUGACUUGGUCUUUGCUUUGCAAGGUGGGGCAAAGGUUUGGCUUGUUGGCACUUGUAGCGUGUAAAAGUGGGCAAAUAGGAAUGUCAUUUUUCUAUCGAGUUUGUUAGUAUACAAUUGCGUCUCAUAUGUUUUGAUUCUCUCUUUCAUUUUAUUUUCUAAUAAAAGGGAUGCAAUGACAGAUCGGGAUUGGAAAAAACCGUUGGUGUUGGCACCAUUGGGUGAUUGCUUGUGUAGUAAGAAGAAUGUGAUUGUUGAUAUUGUAACGGACCGCAGUGUCGCGUCACGUUUCUUUCGUGGGGAAGCGCUGCGGUAGAGAGAUGUGAGGCGAUAAAAGUAGUUCGCAUCUUAUGAUUCAUGUGUAUUCAAUUGAUAUGAAAUACUUCCAGCGAAUUAAGAAAUUAAUACC